UUCCGGAGUGCAUAGCCAGGAACUUACAUAAAUCUAGGAUCUAUUUUUGAGGAGUUACUUACCCAAAGGCAGCACACAAAUGCAUAAGAUGAGUAGUAUUCAGCAUUUCUUAGCCAUAAAUUUGGUAUAAACUGUAUUUCACUCUUUUAGUCCAGUAGGUGGCGCUGUAUGCUUACAACUGGCUUUUGAGUUCCGGAAGAUUUACUUAAAGAAGUUCAUAUAUCAUAUUCAGGCGUCAGUUCAUUUGUGACAGUAGUUCUACAACGGUCCGUGAUCAGAAAUGUUUCUGUAUAUCCUUUGCCUGGCAGCCUUAUAUUUUCUGUAUCGGUGGUACAGAGAGAGCAAGACAGUUCCUAAUAAAUCGGACAAAUAUGUGUAUAUCACCGGCUGCGACUCGGGGUUCGGAAACCUUCUGGCAAGACAUCUGGACAAGCGGGGUUUCUGCGUGAUUGCCGCAUGCUUCACGGAAAAGGGGGAGGAAGACCUAAAGAAGGUCUCCUCCGAAAGGCUGACCACCGUCCACCUUGACGUCACCAAACCCGAAAACGUCAGGAAAGCAGCAGAUUUCAUCAAGAAUAAGGUUGGGGCUAAAGGCCUGUGGGGAGUGGUAAACAAUGCCGGUGUCUCCAUACCGUCGGGGCCCUGUGAUUGGCUCUCAAUUGAGGAUUACAAGUCCAUGCUGGAUGUGAAUCUGCACGGCGUCAUCGCCGUGACCCUGAGCGUGCUUCCCCUCAUCAAGAAGGCCAGAGGGCGCGUGGUGAACGUGGCCAGUGUCUUUGGUAGGAUAAGUCCGUUCGGUGGACCAUAUUGCGUCUCCAAGUACGGAGUGGAGGCCUUCAACGACAGCCUGCGGAUAAACAUGGUACCAUUUGGAGUUAAAGUCCUGUGCAUCGAACCAGGGUUUUUCAGAACCAGCGUGACUGACAUUGACAUUAUACGCAAUUGCGCUCAGAAAUUGUGGGCAAAAUUACCACAGGAAACCAAAGAUGAAUAUGGGAGCACUUACUUGGAUCAAGUGGAGACGAUGUUGAAGGAGAAGUUUAUGAAGAUGCCAGACGGGGACCUGAUGAAGGUGGUUAGCUGCAUGGAACACGCUCUUUCUGCUGUCCACCCUCGCAAACGCUACUCGCCUGGGUGGGAUGCCAAGUUCUUCUGGAUCCCUCUGUCCUAUAUGCCAACCUGCAUAGCCGACUACUUACUACUUAAAGAUGCAAUCUUCCCAGAGAACUCCGUAAUCUAGUCAUUUCCGUUUGUCAAGUCCUGUUGAGACUCAUAAGCUAGUAUUGCUUCUCGUAUUGUCACCUAAUCAAGAAUGAUGCAACCGGUGCUAUUAAAUAAUAAACUUUAGGACCUGUUGCAGUACUCUGUAAUAUGGUCAUAAAGACAAACUGAGUAGACAUGCCUGUGAAUGAAUGAGAUCAGUUUAUCUAGAUCAGAUUUAAGAUAGUACAAAGUACAAUUUCUCUAUGUAUGGAGCGCAUUGAAAUAUUUACAGUGGCUUCAGCUAAUAAAGCACAAAUGGAAAAUAGCAAUUGGCUCCAACAUCACAAUUUAGAAACUACAAAGUUGGAUCUAUUUAAGUGGCUGUUUCUUUCCUGGAAUUCACAACAGUCUCUAUUUUCAGAAAGUUUAUUGUAUAGAACGGUUAAACUAGCAGAAAUGAUGGUGUAAUCUGGAUAUAGGAACCAGGGCAUAAAAUAGAGCACUUCAGGCCAUUCUGUAAACCAGAAGUUCUAAACCCAUGGGUCGUGACCUAAAUUUGGGUCACGGCAAGGAUCGUAAGGCGGAGUUGGAAAUGUCAGCAUUUUAAAACCAGCAAGCUCCUAUGCUGAUCCACAAUCAGAUUUUCCAGCCCCAGUUCUGGAAUUAACCUGUAUAAAUGGGUCUUAGAUCUGCAAAUGUUUAGUGCCAAACUAGUAAACAUUCAGCCAAUCCAAGAACUCAAAGCACAGAUGCUUAGUUUAAAAUUCACUGAUUUGUGUAAACUGCAGAGUGCACUGCGUGCUUAAUCAUAGCGUUACUUUAGACCUCUACUUGAUAUAGGGUCGCGACUGAGCUGGCUUGGUAAAAAUUGGGUCACAGUGCAAGAAAGGUUGGCAACCAUUUCUGUAAACCCAUACUUUAGAUCAAAAAGAAGAAGUGUGACCUCUCGUAAGUUUGUUAUAUCAGAUUACUGUAUAUAAUACAAACCUUAUACAUUAUAUAA